GCCGGCAGCAGCGGCGUACUCGUCGCGUGCACGGCUGUGGCAGCGGCUAUCGAGGAGGCGAUGGGCCAAACCGCGUCGCCCGAGAAGAUGGGGUCGUGGCCGAAGAAGAUUCUAGAGGCCGUCGCGACUGGUGGCGGGUUGCUGAGCGUGGCGGGGUCGCCCAGGUUCCGGGUCUACGACGUCGAUUUCGGGUUCGGGCGGCCGGCCAAGGUGGAGAUCGUGUCCGUGGCGAGGACCGGCGCGAUGGCUUUGGCGGAGAGCCGCCGGAGCAGCGCCGGCGGCGUCAUGGAGGUGGGCAUCUCCCUGCCGCCGGCUGGCAUGCAGAGGUUCCGAAAGUGCUUUGACGAUGCCAUUUCGUGGCUUCAUCACCAUUAGACAAGCUAGUGAUAUGCUUCAGUUCAUGCUUUGUACCGGCAAUCGUCUAAAUUUAUGCGUAAUUGGAGUCUUGAUAUGUAUUGUAAAUUUGUAAUCUGCAUUUUCUAUUUAACCAGCAACUAAAAACAAAUUUAUCCA